AUUUUUUCUCACGAACGUCUGACCAAAACGUCCUCACUGCAACACAGGGAUGAGCACAAAGAAGAAGAACACCCCCAGUGGUGUGAUCACCUUCCACACACAUUUUCCUGUCGGCCUGCUGAAAUCAGAGGAGCGCAUGGUGGAUGUUAAGGGCACAACAGAGAGCCGAAAGACCCCCAUGCAGCCAAGCAUGAGUAUGAGGAGCCCCGGUGAAUGUGUGAGAGCAGAGGAAAGCGAGGAGGCCUCACCCUCUGGGUCAAAGCUGGGGGGCCAACAGGGAUGGCUCUCUCACACCUCCCUCAGACGACUGCAGAGAAAUAUGGAGGCAGAAAACCAACAGGUGAAGGAAAUAACCCAACCAUUACUGGAUACAGAACAUGGUUUUGUGAAGGAGUUGGAGAAGUUUCUGAUCAGACAGGACUUCACAGAGCUGAGGAGGAGGGAGCUGCUUCACAAGCGCUGGACUGAGCGUGUGUGGUUUCCCCUGCAGAGGAGGGUGGAGGAACACGUGUCCAGCUGUGGCCCCGCGGUGUGCAAAGGCCGCCAGAGCCUCUACAGUCACUUCCUCCAUCACUGCAACUCCAAGGGCUUUGUGUUUCUAGAACAUUAUGACGUAAAGGAAUACGAUCCGUUUCUUCUCCACAUCAAAAAGCCACGCUACCUCAACGUGAAGCUCGGUACGGCAGACUUAAAGGAGCCAUUGUGCCUUCAGUUACAUGAAAGACUGAAGGAGAAGAGAACAGCCUCUUCUUGUGAAGCAGGAUUUAGAUACACAAGGAGCCAAGUAGAGAAGCUACCUCAGAGCAACAUCCUGCUACAGGCCUUUUCACAUCAUCCAGUCACUGCAGCCAGAAACACUCCAGUGGUGAAUGAAGCUGAAGGAAGGAAGUCUAACAGGUUCGUCAACAUACCGUACCGGAUCAGUUCCACCGCCACACCGGAUGGAAGGUGCCAUAGGAACGGUUGCUUGGUCUCCAAACGUGGAUGUCCGCAACGACCAGCCAGUUUACAACAACACCAGUCCUUGCUAACAUCAAAAUAAAACCCAUAU